CUCUUCAACAUCAACAUAUCUAUCCUUUCUAAAAAGAAAAAGGAAAUCACUUUAUAAAAACCAGAGUUGAUAGUUGAACAAGGUAAAUUCUAAAAAUGGAGAAGACCAAAGAAACAGCUGCUAACAUUGGUGCUUCAGCCAAGUCUGGUUUGGAGAAGACCAAGGCUAACGUCCAGGAGAAAACUGAGAAGAUGACGGCACAUAAUCCCUUGGAGAAGGAGUUGGCAACACAGAAGAAAGAUGAAAGGGUUGCCCAGGCUGAGCUGGAUAAGCAGGCGGCGCGUAAUCACAAUGCUGCGGCCUCGGCUGGGAACACCUUGGGGCAGGGUCGACACCACACCACUGGAACCGGCGGAAAUCCAAAUGCCACCGGGUAUGGAACUGGGGGUACUCACCGUUGAGUAAUUAUGUAUCAUGGUGAUAAAUAAAAGAAGCUUGUUAAGUUUAUGUUUGUUUUCUUUUUGAGUCACUGAUGGCUCGUUUCUUUUUCUUUUCUUAAAUCAUCUUUCUUAAAAGAUAUUGUGAAGUUCUUACUUCUAAGUGGAACGUUCUAUAUUCUUUUUUUUCAUAAUCUAAGUGGAACGUUCUGUGUCA